GGCAGGCGCACAUGCUUCUGACGAACAGCUCCUGGCCUAUGACCAUAUGGCAGCGUUCGAGAACGGAGAACCCUUACUCGCAUCUCCGACGAUAGCGACGGCGAACGAACGAGCGAGCGAGCAGCGAGUAUUAGUAUCGUACAAAUCCCGCGAGCACUAGCCGAACCUAACCGAGACCAGCGCGAUCAUCGUCGUGGUACACAGUUCCAUCUUUUCUUCCCUCAGGUGCUCCUCUCUCUCGUUCUCUUCGUCGUUUUCGUCCUCUCUGGCUAUCGUGUAAUAUGGUGGCUAAGCCAGGUAUGGGCCCCUCCUCGGGUCUGACUGCGCAGGUCCCUCAGUUCAAUGCGGCGGACUACUCGCGCUUCCUCGUCGCCGGCGGGCUCUGCGCGACGCUCACGCACGGCGCCAUGACGCCCAUCGACGUCAUUAAGACGCGUUUGCAGCUAGAGCCCAAAGGUAGCAAGUUUACCAUGUUCUCCAUGGGCCGGCACAUUGUCGCAAGCGAGGGCCCUGCCGGCCUGCUCACCGGGUUCGGGCCCACCGCCGUCGGGUACCUCGUCCAGGGCGGUCUCAAAUUUUCUGGCUUCGAGUACUUUAAACGCGCCGGCGUACAAGCAGUCGGUGGGUACGAAAACGCUGUUGCCUACCGUACGCAGAUCCACAUCCUCGCCGCCGCCGCGGCAGAGGUGAUCGCGACGACGGCGCUGACGCCGCUGGAAGCUGCGCGCAUCCGCCUCGUGAGCGAGCAUGCCUAUGCAAAGGGGCUCGUCGGCGCCAUCACGCGCAUGAGCCGCGAACAAGGUAUCAAAGGGUUCUAUGCCGGUUACAUUCCAAUCCUGUUCAAGCAGGUUCCAUAUGCGAUCGGCCAAUUCGCAACGAACGAGGCAAUGCACGAGUUCGUACGAAAGACCCCCUCGCUCGCCUCGCUCGGCAAGAAGGGCAAGGCAGGUGAAGUCACCGUCCAGCUCGGCUGCGGCCUCGUCGCGGGUGCAGCCGCCGCCGUGCUCUCGCACCCAGCCGACACGUUACUCUCCAAGAUCAACAAGGGCGGCGGAGGUGCAGGUGGCAUGCUCAAGAAGCUUACGUUGCUCGCAAAGGACGCAGGGCCCGUAGGUAUCUGGGCCGGACUGGGCACAAGAACAGUCAUGACGUGCUUCCUCGUCGCCGGCCAAUUCCUCAUAUAUGCACAAAUCAAGCAGGCCGUCGGCGCACCGCCUGGCGUCGAGAUCCAGAAGGCAGAAUGAGAAGGGGAGGACGCGACCCCGUACCGCCGUGCGCGCCCGGAGACAGAGAAGAGAGCUUCCAUAAUGACCGGUAGAAAGAGCCGUGUCUGGUGGGUCUCCAAAGCUGGAACGCCAGGACCAAGCCCUUUGCAUAAGUGAAAACGCCGGGCCCUUGCGAUCUCGCGCUCUCGGGCAUUGGAAGAAGGGUAAAGAUGAAGGGAUAUGCACAAUGGGGAGAAUAGACUCGCGCGAAUACUUGUCCCGGAAAGUGGGCUAUAUGCUCGUUUUAAAAUAGAUUGGAUUUACGUCCC